UCCUCUUUUCGUCUCUCUCCUGCAAUCACCUAUUUUCCUUCUUAAAAAAAGAAAUAAACAAAGACUCAUGCUUUCCCGAAAUCGAAGAUGUAAUUCUUGUUUUUGCGAUUUUAAAUUCCUUUCAGCAAAUGGAAGGGUUUAGGGUCCCAUUCAUAAAGAUCCAACCUCUCAGCUUCUUGCUUUACUUGCCUCAGUGCUCGCACCUCCUUUUCUUCUUUCUCUAUUCUCUUUGUAUAUAUAUGCAUAUACUAUUUACCUGUGCAUGCUCAUGGUUGUUUUUAUCUUUCUCAGUUCUGCUGAUGAUCAUAGAUUUUUCAGGUGAAACUUGGAUCUUGAGAUCAAGUUUCAACCUUCCCUCUGAUCAUCUCUUGUGAAAGAACAUUGCUUCUGAAAUUGCAAGAUGAAAAUUCGGAGGAUUUUUGGUUUUGGAAUUGUUAAAUCAAUGGCUGCAGGAAGCAAUAUAGCUGAUGAAGAAGAAGAGGAGGGUUUCGACGAACGUGCUGCGCGUGCAUUUCAGCAUCACCAGUUUGAUUUGAAUAUAAGUUACAGUGAUUGGAUCACAGUUGAUAUAUCUGCCCCCAAGAGGAUUAGGAUGUCCAAGAACGAGGAUGGAUCCAAUCAGAGUGGAUCUGGUUGUGGUGGUGCUGAUGGUUUUUCUAUCGAAGAACCUCAGGAUGCAGAUUAUCCGCGCAUUUCAUCUCUUAGCUAUGAUUUAGAGAGUCGAAUUUUUGCUAGGUUCCCAAUAUCCGAGUUUUGGAAGUUAUGCUUUGUCAACAAGAGGUGUUGGGGUCUUUUAAAAAGUGGUGAGCUUUACAAUAUUCGGAGGGAGAUAGGAUUUAAAGAGCCUUCCAUUUUCAUGUCUGCAACUGGGCAAAGCACUUGGUGGGCAUUUGAUCGUGAAUUUAAGUCUCGUAGGAAGCUCCCGCUUCUUCCAUCAGAUGUUUGUUUCAUUAAUGGAGAUAAAGAAUCACUUUGUGCCGGCACUCAUCUGCUUGUUUCAGGCAAGGAGUUGGAUGGUCUUGUGGUUUGGAGGUAUGAACUGGUGAAAAACAAAUGGUACAAGGGUCCCUCUAUGAUAACCCCAAGAUGCUUGUUUGCAUCAGCAACUUGUGGUAGCUAUGCUUAUGUGGCCGGCGGGAUGGCUGUGGAGUUGAAUGGUGAAGUAUUGUACGACAAGGCCGAAAAAUACAAUCCGGAGAGCAGGUCAUGGGAACCGCUCCCGACGAUGAAACGGAGGAGGAAGCUUUGUGCUGGCUGUUAUAUGGACGGCAAGUUCUACGUGAUUGGAGGUAGAGACGAAGCUGGAGGACUAACGUGUGGUGAAUUCUUUGAUGAGACAAAAAACCAAUGGGAACUUAUACCCGACAUGCUUAUAGACGACCCUGUGCAAUCGUCCCAUUCCCCACCUCUCGUUGCAGUAGUAAAUAAUGAGCUUUACUCACUCGAAGCUUCCUCCAACCAGCUGAAGGUGUACUUAAAGAAGACCAAUACAUGGAAGCAGUUGGGGACUGUGCCGGUGAGAGCGGAUUGCAACAACGGCUGGGGAGUUGCGUUCAAGUCUUUGGGAAAUGAACUCCUUGUAAUAGGAGCAUCUUCUGUUUCUAGUACUAAUAAUAUGGCCAUUUAUACUUGUUGCCCCGAUUCUGAUUCCAAUGAGCUGCAGUGGAGGUCUAUCGACACUGCCAGAAACCGCUUUCGCGACUUCAUCUUAACUUGCUGUGUUAUGGUAGCUUGAAGCCGGAAUCUAAAAGAAAUCGCUUUAGCUUCGUUUUUCUGUUGUAUAUUGUACUUCACUUUCCUCUCUUGUUUAAACUUGCCGGUUUUAAUUGAAAAUGCGUUACGCAGACACUGCACUGUAAUCUGUA